CAUAGUUCUCUCCAGGCUUAGCAGCUGCUCUGCACUGAAGUAGACACACACUUAGACAGCAGCCUUGACAAAGCCCAUGCAGAAGGUUUCAGUGUUUUAAGCCAAGAGGCGUGUGGGCUUUCCAAAGAGGUUUGAAACUCCCCCGGGGGCAGCCGAGCCCCGGGCCCGCUGGGGACUCCAUUUCCCAGCACCGGCGAGAGAAGGGCCGGGCCGGGCCGGGCCGGGAAGGGCCGGGCGGGGCCGCUGCGGGCGGGGCCGGGGCUGCCGUGAGCCCGGGGCCCGGGACGAGGCGGCCAUGGCCACCAGCCCCGCGCGCGCUGGGGGCCUUGGGCGCGAGGGCGCCCCGUGUCGCGGCCACGGGACGCGGAGCGGCGGCGGUUGGUGCGGCCGGUGCGGUCGGUGCCGUUUGUGCGGUUGGUGCGGUCGCUGCGGUUGGUGCCGCGGCGGCUGCUCCGUCCUGCAGCAUCGCGGGAGGUGCUGUUCAUCCCGGCGACUUGUGCGUUUGGAGACUUCGGUUGACGCCUUGAGCUACUGGAGAGUGUGCAGAGAAGAGCAAGAGAGCUGGUCGGCGUGUGGACGCGACCAAGGAUCUUCGGUCCCCCCCUGGGGGUUGACAUUGGAGGAGUCUGCAGAGAGACCGUCUUGAGCAAGGGAAAGCCCGGCUCUUGCGAUGGCUACGCAAGCCAAGAGAGGUUUAAGUGGCUCUAUGGAUGACACCCUUGAGGACCUUUUGAGAUAUGAUGUUGAACCCCGUUGUACAGCCGGUGGGAGAGCCUUGAAGACCAGCAUGCGGGUCACCAAGGAGUUGCCUGCGGAGGUUUGCAAUGUCCCUGGAGAGGACAAGGCAGCUGCAGGGGUGAGCCCUGAUGUGGGGAGAGAACCUGGAUGUCCUGAGGGCUGGGGCUGAGGUGUCUGGCAUCACUGGCAGGGGCAAAAAGCCAGGAGAGGGGAGUGGGUGGCUGGUGGGAGACGGGCUUCCAGGUACCGAGGAUGGAGCAGAGCCCGGCAGCACCCGCUGCUGCAGCCCGGCCUUCCUGGGUGCGCUUCGGCUCCAGCGUCGUAGGAAGAGCCCUCAGCCAAAGCAAUGGCCAUGGGUGUUCCUGAUGCUUCUCCCAGAGGCAGUAGCAGGAUCUCAGCACAGGACUCAGGGCUCAGAGCGUUUCAAGUACCAAAAUCCCCCCCGUCUCAGCCCCCGUGCACUGCAGCCGCGGCCCCAGCACCAGCCUCCCAAGGGAGAAGCAGUGCUGAGGCAUCCGCAGCGCUCGCCCUGUGCCCGUCCUCAUCCUCUUGCUUUCCAGGACAAGGACGACUGGGACUGGGAUUUCCUGGGGACAUCGAAACCCAGUUCUGGCCCAGGGAAGAUGCCCGUGAAACGUGGCACUGAGCGCAGCUCUGAGACAACAGCAGAACAGAGCAGCAGGAAAGAGCUGCCCCCACGCCAGACGCCCCUGCGCACCGUGGCCCCGGUCCAGAGGAGGAAGACGUCGAUGUUCGAAGAUGCUGAAGACGACGACCUGUUGGAUGUGCUGAGACGUGGCAAAGGCCCAAAAAAAGAAGAGGAGCUCCGGCCAGCGCGCUCCACGCUGGACGACUUGUUCGGACGAGGCUCCGCGGCCAAAGUCCUGGAAAAGCCAGGUACGGGAGAGCAUAGGGAGUUCAAAGUGGAUAAAAACUCCCAGAAGCAGGCAGAGGAGGAAGAGCGCGGGGACAAGAAGGAGCUUGUCUUCGGAGAGUACAAGCCCUCGAUGGGCUCCAGGCCCGCGGUCCAGCCGGCGAUGGGGCAGUUGGUGAGGUUUUCUGCCAACAGCAGCAGCGAAACAAACCCAGAGCCCCGCUCCACACCUCGUCCUCCCCGCAGACGGAACCCCGUGCGGAGGAGAAGGGCCGGAGACGACUGGCUGGGCUGGGAGGAUGAGGAUUUCAUGGACCCCGCCAGCCAGCUCGGGGCUGCAGAGGAGGCAGCACCUAAACCCGACCCAAUGGACUGGCUGAUCGAUGCCUUGGCUCGCAGGAGAGCCGAAGAACAGGCCAAGGCACAGGAGACAAAGGCUGAGACCACGGAGACCCAGGAGAAGAAAGCCAAGCCCUCAGAGACUGAGGAGAAAAAGGCCGAGCCCUCGGAGGCCCAAGAGAAAAAGAACGAACCCUCGGAGGCCCAAGACACAAUGGCCGAGCCCUCAGAGACCGCGGGCGAAGGGCCGGGUCCCCGCUCUCCCGGCAGCCAGCUGGCCGCCUCCCCAGCAGCAUCGGACUGUCGGGCAGAGCUGCUGAGCGCCCAGGCCCGUGUGGCAGAGCUGGAGAGCCAGGUCCGGAUGCUGGAGGAGGAGCGGGCGCAGCAGAAAGUGUUAUUGGAGAGUGCCCAGCGGCAGCACCAGGAGCACCUGGAUGUCCAGGAGAGCAGCCACAGGACCUCAGUGAACGUAAUGAAGGACAACUAUGAGCAGCAGGUGGAGAUGCUGCGGCGGCAGAACGAGCAGCUGGUGGCUCAGCUGCGGCAGGAGCGGCAGGACACGGCGCGGGAUCGGGCAGAGCUGCUGGCACAGCACCGGCUGGAGCUGCAGCAGCUGCGGGAGCAGCACCGGCUGGAGCUGCAGCAGCUGCGGGAGCUGCAGAGGGAGUCUGUCGAGGAACUGCGCAAGAAACACGAGGAGCAGCUCCAGCACAUCAAGUGGCUGAAAGAGAGAGAGAUGGAUGUGCUGACCGGCACCAUUUCACACAUGAGGUCUCUGGACAGCAUCAUUGAGAGGAUGGAGAAGUUCUCCAGUGACCUGCAGAACGUGUGCAGGAGGAGCAUGGAGGAGGAGCAGAGCCGUGUCCAGGAGCUGGUGGCCAACACGCAGGCCAGGCUGGGCGAGCAGACUUGGCUGCUGGAGCAGGAGCGGGCAGAGCUGAAGAUCCAGCGCCAGGAGCUGAAAGCCAAGGAGGAGCAGCUGGCGAGAGACAGGCAGAGGCUGGACGAGGCCUGGCAAGAAAUGCGGCUGGAGAAGGAGAAGGUGAUCGGGGCCAUGCAACCUGUCCAGAAGCAGCAGGAGAUGAUUAGAAGCACAAAGGAGCUCUUGGCCCAGAAGCAUGCAGAGGGGGAGCGAGCCCUGGGGGAGGCACGCAGGAUGCAGUCUGAGUUAUGGGACAAGCUGCAGGUCCUGCAGCAGCAGGAGGAGCAGCUGAAGCAGCAGGAGGAGCAGCUGAGGCAGGAACAGGAGCAGCUGAGGCAGGAGAAGGAGCAGCUGAAGCAGCAGAAGGAGCAGCUGAGGCAGGAGAAGGAGCAGCUGAAGCAGUUGCAGGAGCAGAUGAAUCAGCAACAGGAGCAGAUGAAGCAACAGCUGGAGCAGAUGAAGCAGCAGCCAGAGCAGCUGAAGCAGCAGCUGCAGCAGCUGAAGCAGGAACAGGAGCAGCUGAAGCAGGAAAAGGCCUCCGUAUCUUCCAUGUUCAGUGCCCAGAUGCAGCUGCUGAAGUUCCAGGCCCAGCAGGGGAACAAAGAGUUAGAGAAGCAGAGAAUCUUCUUGGAGAACCUGAAGAAAUUACGAUACAACAUUUCACGGCUGUCAACAACCCCUCCAUCCUCCUCCUGUUCUGUGGACGAUACCAUUGAGUAUACACAUGCAUUAAUAGGGGCCCUGAGGAAAGCAUCUCCACCUGUGCAAGUAGUCAAUCUGUCCUCCAUUCUCCGGCCUCCCAUUACUUUCAAGACCCUUUAAUCAGGCUCUGCCCCAGUGUCCAUUCUGUCAGCUCUGCUUCUGACAUGACUUGUAAUAACAUCGGAUGUGAGACUGUGGGUACGCAUUAGAGGCCUCAAGGACUUCAGGAGUUCGCUUGGACACGUUAGCAAGGAUGCUUAAUAAAAAGAAAGGGAGAACUGUUGCAGAAUAAGUUUACUCACUUAAAUUCCUUUAGUUGUAUUCUAUGCUUUGACAUAUCGAGAUAAGGACAGAGAAAAAACUGCCUGGAAGACAGAGGAAGAGAAUCCAAGAAGAAACAACGAAGGCCCCAGACCCAAAAUUACCACUGGACCAACAGGCUCGUGAAAGAUGCGUGAAGAGCGGGUGCACAGACUGGGGGGGUUUACAAGCCCAAGUCUCUUUCGUCUCACGCUCCUCCUGCUGAGAGGCCCCACGUCCAGACUGUUUCUUUGCUGUUAUGUGGUUAUUUAUGGAGAUCCCGAGGAAAGCGCCCUGCAACACUUCACCUCUGCCCGCGUCCCGACCGUCCUCCCUUCUCUGGAUGAAGAGAAGCCGCUACAUUAAUGUGGACUCUGGUAAAGUUACAAAGACGUACCCAUCAUUAACCCAUGACGUGCUAAAUGCUUUCUAACCAGCUGCAAAACGAGAGGAUAUUUUUCAAGUUUUAAAUCCUUCUGCCUGACAAAGAGAUCAGAAGAUUAAGGAACACGUUGUUUAGAAGCAGAGCUUAGCUUAUAUUUGACUAGUAAUUAAUAGUAAGAAACUCAUCCGUUAUAACUCACUUCAUACUAACCUUAUGUUAGCUCACAGGAAAGAGAUUGGGGAACCACCUGGUGAUAAUGUGAAUAGAGAAACCUUGCUGACAUAAUCAGUCACCAUUGUAUAAAUUAAAUGAUGAGGAAAAGUGGCCUCUGAAUGAAACUCUGAAUGAUGCCUCGUUAACAUUCUUCUUGAAGAGAGAAGGCAAGUGCAGUCAAGUGAUGGAAGCUGAUAUGUUUUCACUUUGCGAAAACACCCAGAGUGGCAGGCAGAAUGUGGUAUUAACUUGCCACCCCAGGAUCCAGCUGUGUUCACAUUAAAAAGGGAGCAGAAUAAAGCUCAGGAGAAGCUGAAACCAUGUUGUUCAGCAUGUAGAAUAAGACAGAAAACUCCCCUGAUGAGAGGGGAGGGUGAGAUAGAAGACUGCGUGUCCCCACAGGGCGUGGAAUUGAAGAUGAUGUGCCUUCAGCUUCCGAGCUGGUGAAACUGUGCAGAAAGAAGAGAAAAACAUGGAAAAGAAACUGAGAUUUUAGUUGAGACUGGAACAUUUGAUUUGGUUUUGAAUCAGGAAUUGAUACCAUUAGAUGAAGAUUUUGUACCUGUUAUGGGAGCUACUGGCCAAGGAGACAAAGCUUUCUUCAUCAGCCAAUCCAACAGAAACUGGAAAACAAAAUGCAAUUCCUAAGUUCUUAUCUAUGUCCAGAUCUCCAAAACCGUUACGGAGACGAGCCUUAGGAAAACAAUUGCAAGCAAUAAUAACAUUCAAACAAGGUGAAGUGACAAAAUGGAAUUCCUAAGUUCUUAUCUACGUUUUGGUCUCCAAAACCGUUACGGAGACAAGACUUAGGAAAACAAUUGCAAGCAAUAAUAACAUUCAAACAAGGUGAAGUGACAAAAUGCAAUUCCUAAGUUCUUACCUAUGCCUGAGUCUCCAAAACCGUUACGGAGACAAGACUUAGGAAAACAAUUGCAAGCUAUAAUAACAUUCAAACAAGGUGAAGUGACAUUCAAGAUAAAAGAACAGCCACAGAAACCAAAGAAGACCAUGUGCAAUGCACUGCAAGUUUGCUAAAUUGGGUGAGAUGCAGUGGGUAUCGAGCUUCCCAACAGAAAGCCCAGCUGAUCCAGUGCCAAGUGACUUAUCUGGGAUUCGAGAUCUCCGGAGAGCACCAGAGCUGGGGAUGGAGCGACAAGAAGCUGUUUGCCGGACACCAGAACCUGCAGCGGUAAAAGAGCUCCGGGCGUUUCUUAGAAUGAAACCUUGGUGCAGACUUUGAGUUUAUAAUGAUGGACUUUGAGUAAAGCCUUUCUAUGAACCGUGAAACAAAAGGACUUCCAAGUUGAAUUGGACAAGAGAAGCAUCUGAGGGCAUUUGCACAACUCAACAAAGAGCCUGGGUCUCCCAGAUAUCACCAAGCCAUUGGAGUUAUGCUCACACGAAAGGCAAAGCAUUGCUCUGCGUGUUCUGGCACAGCAACUAAGAGCUCAGAACCGAGCGGCUGCUGCUUCCCUAAGCAAUCAGAUGAAGUGAGCCAAGGCUGGCCUGGAUGUCGUGGAGCUGUGGCAGCUCUUGGACUCGCUGUACAGGAAGCUCCUGAGUUCACCAUGGGACAGAAAGUGGCCCAUACAGUCCCAACCGUACUGGAACAAAAAGGUACCCAUGGGUUAUCUGCCUCAAGAUUCCUGAAUACCGGGCAGUACUGGUGGACCUAGACGAUGUGAAUAUUGUCGCUACCAACAUUGUCACUGCAGCCCCUUUCCUCAGUGGGUCUGUUUCAGAGCCUGUGGUCCAGGAUUGCUUGGAAACAGUGGGAGCUGUUUCCUCCAGCAGACGGGAUUUAAAGGAACAGCCGCUGGAAGACGCUGAAGACUCCUGGUUCUCCGCUGGAAGCAGCUUUGUAAAGCAAGGAGUACAUAGAGCUGGGGAUGCCCUAACAACUACCCACGAGGUAAUCGAAGCCAAACCUUUGCCUCCUGGGACUUCUGCCCGGACAGCUGCGCACACACGAGCUUUAGAAUUAUCCAAAGAGAAGAAGAUUAAUAUUUGGACAGAUUCCAAGUGUGCUUUGGGAGUGGUGCGUGCCCAUGGAGCAUUUGAAAAGGACCAAGUUUAUUAACAGCACAAGAACAGAUUAAAUGAGAUACUCCAGUUGGCGGAAGCUGUGCUGUUACUAGAAAAGUUGCCAUCAUGCAUUUCAAGUAGCAUCAAGAAGGAGACACUGAUCAGGAAACUGGAAAUAAACUGGCAGCUGAUACUGCGAGACGAGCUGCUGGAAAGACAGAGAGAGCAAUGAGAGUGAUGCCUCUGAGCCCGGAUGGCUGCCUCCUCGAACCAGCAUCAGUAAACCCUACCUUGCAGUGCAUUAACAGAGACCUUCUCAGGUUGGCCAGAAGCAUUCCCCUGCCCAACUAGUAACGCUAGAACAGUAACUAAAGCUUUGUUAAAUGAGACCGUACCCCGACUUGGGGUACCCGCUGUGAUGUCCUCUGCUAGGGGGCCCCGUUUUGUUGCACAGGUAGUGCCGCAAGUCAGUAAAGCAUUAGAGAUCGAUUCGCAGUUGCAGACUCCCUACAAGCCUUAAGCAAGUGGGCAGGUAGAAAAGAAAAUGAGUCACUUAAUGGAACAGCAGGUAAACAGAAUUUGCCAGGAAGCUAACUGGAAGUAGAAUCCAGCACUACCUUUAGCGCUGCUCAGAAUGAGACGGAAGCCUCGAGCCAAGGAAAACUGAAGUCUUUUCUUUCAAGCCAAUAGAUGAAGUUUCUGUGAAAGCUUUUUCAUGUCAGCCUUGAGAAGAGAAGUGGAAUGGACUGCUCCAGCUGUUGCUGACGGCCUUUACCGCCAUCAACAUUAAAGAACAACCCGCCUGGAUUCACUGUUCAAGGGUGAAGAAAGCAGCAGAUAAGAAACAGACGUUGGAACCAGUAGGACCUACCGCUUUCCAGUUCUCUCAGCGUUGAUCUCAGUGACUCUAAAAGAUUAUGCUCUUCAAUGCCUAAAGAUCCAGUAGAAGCUGCUGUGGCUUGAACUUACCUGUCCUCUGUCAGAGGACAGCAGAGCGGGGACCCCAAAUCGGGGCGGUGGUGGCAGAAACUGGAAAUUUGACCUGGAAUGAUGGAGUCAGUAUUUGAGGGCAGAAAUCAGUUGACCAAGGUCGUUGGGUCUUCAUCGAGAACAUGGAGAACUUGUGCAGCGACCUGCAGAACUGGGGGCUGUUGCUCUGCACACAUCAGGGAAGUGUCUCCUCACCCUCCCCACUGGGCCUGGGGCCACGGUGCCCAAGGCCUGAAGCUUUUCUGACAGCUUCUCUCCCUGCCUUUCUCCCAGAGACCGCGCAGCAGCGGCUGAGCACGGCUCACCAGAGGAGAUGGAGUGAACAGCCCCGCGAGGAGCUGCCCGACCGCCCUGUGACACCGCUGACCGCAGCCCAGGACCUCGGUGCCCCGACUGAGGGUCUCUCCAGCACCCUGGGGGGAUGAUUACUGAGAAAAGGAGAAGAUCCUCUUGGAGCCCCUGAAGAAAGCGCCAUACAACACUUCACGUCUGUCAGCAUCCCGUCCGUCCUUCUGCCCUUCUCCGGACCACAAUUUCUUUGAGGUUACGCAGUUAUUUCUGGAGAUCCCGAGGAAAGUGCCCUGUGCACUUCACCUCUACCAGCGUCCCGGCCGUCCUCCCUGCUCCUGGCCACCAUUCUUAGAGGGUUUCUUAGAGAAAUGGGUUUAAAAGCCCAAGUCUCUUUUGCCUUGUGUUCCCUCCCCCUGAGAGGCCCCCAGCCUGGACUGUUUCUCUGCUGUACCUUUUAAGUUGUUUUUAAUCUCAUAAUUAAAGUAUCUUUCUAAAGCGCAAA